CUGUGGGGAGCGGGAGCUGCAGCGGCGGCGCAGAGCUCAGCCUGGCGGCCGCCAUGCCCGGCAUCGACAAGCUCCCCAUCGAGGAGACGCUGGAAGACAGCCCCCAGACCCGUUCUUUGCUGGGUGUGUUUGAAGAAGAUGCUGCUGCAAUUUCCAAUUACAUCAAUCAGUUAUUUCAAGCCAUGCACAGAAUAUAUGAUGCACAGAAUGAAUUAAGUGCAGCAACUCAUCUGACUUCAAAGCUUCUGAAAGAAUAUGAGAAGCAGCGUUUUCCACUAGGGGGAGAUGAUGAAGUUAUGAGUUCUACUUUACAGCAAUUUGCAAAAGUGAUAGAUGAGCUCAGUUCUUGCCAUGCAGUGCUAUCAACUCAACUUGCAGAUGCAAUGAUGUUUCCUAUUACCCAGUUUAAAGAAAGGGAUCUAAAAGAGAUACUAACCCUAAAAGAAGUUUUCCAAAUUGCAAGCAAUGACCACGAUGCUGCCAUUACUAGAUACAGUCGAUUGUCAAAAAGAAGGGAAAAUGAAAAGAUCAAGGCUGAAGUUACAGAAGAUGUAUAUACUUCCAGGAAAAAACAGCAUCAGACUAUGAUGCAUUAUUUCUGUGCAUUAAAUAGUCUUCAGUACAAAAAGAAAAUUGCUAUGCUAGAACCCUUGCUAGGAUACAUGCAAGCUCAGAUAAAUUUUUUUAAAAUGGGUUCAGAAAAUCUUAAUGAGCAGUUGGAAGAAUUUUUGACCAAUAUUGGCACAAGUGUACAAAAUGUUCGUAGAGAAAUGGAGUGUGAAGUAGAAACCAUGCAACAAACUAUAGAGGACUUGGAAGUAGCUAGUGAUCCGCUAUAUUUGCCUGAUCCUGAUACCACAAAAUUUCCUGUUCAUAGAAAUCUGACACGGAAAGCUGGCUAUCUCAAUGCAAGAAAUAAGACAGGGCUGGUAUCUUCCAGUUGGGAGAGACAGUUUUACUUCACUCAAGGUGGAAAUUUGAUGAGCCAAGCAAGAGGUGAUGUAGCUGGGGGACUUGUCAUGGAUAUAGACAAUUGUUCGGUAAUGGCUGUGGAUUGUGAAGACCGACGGUACUGUUUUCAGAUAACAUCUUUUGAUGGUAAAAAGUCUUCAAUCUUACAGGCAGAGAGUAAAAAAGAUUAUGAAGAGUGGAUAUGCACAAUAAACAACAUAUCUAAACAGAUAUAUCUAAGUGAAAAUCCUGAGGAAAUUGCUGCACGUGUAAACCAAUCAGCUCUGGAGGCUGUUACUCCAUCCCCCUCCUUUCAGCAGAGGCAUGAAAGCAUGCGGCCAACUGUACAAUCUCGUUCUCCUGCAGCUCGUACUAGCAGCACAGGGUCAUUGGGAUCCGAAUCAGCAGCUUUAUCUGCACUUUCUUUGGAUUCACUUGUUGCCCCUGAUACUCCUAUACAAUUUGACAUAAUAUCUCCGGUUAGUGAAGAUCAGCCUGGUCAAGCAAAAACUUCAGGGCAGUCGGGCAGACGCACAAAUCCUUUUGGUGAAUCUGGAGGCUCAAAAUCUGAAACAGAAGAUUCCAUUCUUCAUCAGUUAUUUAUUGUAAGAUUUCUUGGCUCUAUGGAGGUGAAAUAUGAUGAAAGUCCGGAUGUUGUUUAUGAAACAAUGCGUCAAAUACUAGCAGCUCGGGCCAUUCAUAACAUUUUCAGGAUGACAGAAUCUCAUUUAUUAGUCACUUGUGACUGUUUAAAGUUAAUUGAUCCACAGACACAAGUUACAAGACUACGAUUUCCUUUGCCCAAUGUAGUCUUGUAUGCUACACACCAGGAGAAUAAGCGCCUCUUUGGAUUUGUGCUUAGAACUUCAGGAGGGAGAGUUGACAGCUGCCAGACUUCAGUCUGCUAUAUAUUUGAAUCAAAUAAUGAAGGGGAAAAGAUUUGUGACUCUGUUGGACUGGCAAAGCAGAUUGCUUUUCAUGCAGAACUGGAUCGAAAAGCAUCGGAGAAGCAAAAAGAAAUAGAUAGAGUAAAAGAGAAACAACAAAAAGAACUCAAUAAACAAAAACAAAUCGAAAAGGACUUGGAGGAACAAAGCCGACUGAUAGCUGCUUCCAGCAGAUCAAAUCAGAGCAGUGCAGAAGGACAAUUUGUAGUCCUUAGCAGUAGCCAGUCAGAAGAAAGUGAUUUAGGAGAAGAUGGAAAGAAGAAGAGGGAAUCUGAAGCUUAAGGUUACCUGCUUAAUGAAAACUGGAAUCAUGGAUAUAUCUGGCCAAAUGGCACAGUAUCUACAAGAAGCGAAAUGCAGGUGGAGGGUCUGUUAUAUUACAUAAAAGAUAUCCCAAUAUGUAGACCCCAUUAUGCCUUGAUUUUUCUUUCUUAAUUAUUUCCAUUUUCUCUUCUGUAUGCCAGAUCAAGCAUGGUGAUGCUGCCAUGUUUACUACAAAAUUAUGGCUUCUAAAGGCUUCUUUGCAAUGUGGAAAAGUGAGGGUUUUUUCCUAUUUACCUCGCUGUGCAAUUCUUGCAAAUCUUGAAGCAGAGGUUAACCUCUCAUUGAACUUCAACAGUACACUGAAAUUUGUUCUUUACACUGCAGUAUGCAGAACACCUUGUUGGAAACAAAAGUGAAUAUUCAAAUAAGAUAGCACUAAGCUUUACCUAACCAUUUUUGCAACUAACUAACUGUUCUUAGAUUUAGAAAGAAAAAUCUUUAUUAAUAUCAAUGAGAUGUGCAGUAGUUCUAGACAGAUUUUUUUUUAUACUGCAUUCUAUGGUACUGCCUUGUGGUUUUUUUGGUGAAUAUAGUAUUGGAAGACUUCUCCAAACAGGGCAAAAAAAAAAGUGCUUUGUCAAACCUAUAAAAGAGCUGAAGAAAUAUAGUUGCAUCUUUCUGCAUGAGGAAUGUAUAAACCAUUCCUUAUCAAAUGGCAAGAAUAAUGUACGUAUUCUUGUAGCACAAGUGCCAUGUUCUUGCUUUUCCCCAGUACUUGGUAAUAAACUGUAAGCCUUUGAGUUCAGUUUUUGUAAAACAUGCCUACAGUUGCAAGAACAUCUUAAAUGCCAUCAUUUGGAUCUCCUGGAUACUUAAAUGCCUUGUCACCAGUUCACUACUCUUACUGAAAAUGAAUUGAGUCUCUUGAGGUCUUUUUAUGGAAAUGUAUUUUGGAAAGAGACUUAAAUAGCUCUUAAACUAUGCUAAUCCUAUGUCCUAGAGUCAAUCCUGUAAAGCAUUUUUUAAAGCAGUAUCUAUUUACAGCUCUUAAGCCUGAUCUCCAUUCUCUAUACCCUGUGUAGUAUUUAUUUUAUAUAGUACUAAAUCUGCAUUCACCUUUUGAUUCAGAACAGGAAAAUUGUUUAAAGUAAGAGAAAUAUUUAUUUUUGCACUAAUUACUAUAUAUACUAAAAUCCAAUGGAACAGAAGACAUGCCUCUAAUAGUGGUAUGAAAAUAAUAGGAAAUGUAGAAAGAGAAGAAUAUACUUAUAAUCCCAGUUACUUAUGUUAUAACAAGUAUGAGUGCUUUAGAGUCUGUUGAAAGAUAUUUCAGCAUUUUUGGUGUUUACGAACAAUUUUCAGAAUAUCUCCCAUCACCAGUGCUGUUCCAGUCUUUCACAGCUGGGGUUUCUUGGUGCUGGUAAUACAGUAAGUGAGGAAUCUCAGUAUAUCUACCUGAUAUCUGCAGGUGGAUAGAGGGGAGCAUCUAGACUAUCCUCAUGCAAGGGAGUUAUCUUGCAUAAGCUAAAGAAAGCAGCCUCCUCCUCCACUGUAUGCUGGAGAGGCAAAUUUCUAUGUAGAGAUUAACUAUAUCUGGCUCCUGUCACAGGAGAGCAAGGGAGGUGUUACCUACCAGCCCAGUCUGCUGCAGGAAUAACAGAAUUUGCUGCUUUGGGCUGCAAGGACCUCCAGCUCCCUGCUGCUGCAGGAGGAGAUUAGAACAGCGUUCUUGGCUGAUGUUACCGGCAGUGCAGCAUAUGGAGAGCCUGAGCAGCCUUGGAAGCAGUCACAGUACUUCUGCCUUACAAGAGGUAGAAGGGGGGAGACUCAGCUACAAAAAAACUCCAAGUUUUCCUCCUGCAUUAGUAGCUCCUACUCCAGUGUAUUUUUCAUCCCCAGAGAAGUCAGACAAUUGCGGAAGUACCUGCUUUUGUCAUUGCCUAUCCAGGCCAGAUGGUAUUGGCUUGUGGCGAACCUUGGCCAGCACACUGUCAUGUGGACCAUGCAGUUUGUUUGUUAUCUAAGUGGCGUUUUUAUUUCAUAUGUAAUUUUGCAUUCUCAUCUCUUGUUCUUAAGAGACUGUUUUUAUUCUUGCCAACAAGAAUGUAGAGAGAGGCAACAAAUGCAAAUGUUAUUUUUCCUCUUCAUGCCUGAAUCUAGACUUACAAAUAGUUGUAUGGUAGCCAGAUUUUUUCUCCAAGUUGGUCCAGCUUGUUUCUUCCUAUUUGUUCUUUUUUUUUUUUCUUUUUUUUUGUACUUAGCAAUAUUGCUGUUUUCUAUCAGAUAAUAUGACAGCUUAGCUCAAGGUUGUUGGGUCUGUCUUCUUCCAGUACAUGCUGUAAAUGAAGCAACUUUGAAACAGCACAAGAAGAAUGUAAAGUCAUUGGUUUCCAGUUUCUAGAAUUUAGUCACAUAGUUGUCAAAGUAAGAGCAAUUAAUUUGUUAACCUGUUUGUUUAGCUGCAAUAUCCACACCUCCAUGUGGGAGACAGCUAAUAGAUUAGCAGUGUCAUCACAAAGCAUUUCUGCUGUGUAGCCUGUUUUCUCUAAGUAUUAUUGUAUCAGCCUUAUUGAAAAAUGUCAUCUUUUCUUUAAAUCUAAUAUUAAUGUUUUAGAUACUGAUCUGCAAAGAUAAGGAGGAAAAGCAGGGGGGAGAAAGGUGGCACCUGAACUUGCUGUGAUGUGGGACUUCAGAUAUAAUAAUAGAUGAUUGGAAUUAUUUCAUUUGCUUUGCUGGCUUUUCAGCUGUGCCAUUAAAUGUAGUUUUCUAAAACAAGACAGCACAGGAAUAAACUGCACGUUAUUUGUGUUAGAUGACACUCUCCUAGCCAUUAAAAAGCAAGGAAAUGAAUUAAGAAGAUGGUUCUUAAGGGAAAGAAAAUAGAUUGAGAUGGAUGAAUGAACUAGAUUUUUUUGACUUGUUUAGGAGAGUGUCUGUGGUGCAAAAUGAGCAUAAAUAUUUAAAAGCAUCCAGGAGAGUGAUGAAGGCUGCAAGAGCAAAUGGCAGGUCAGAAGAGAUCAGGAAGUUAAAGUGGAACAGUGCAAUGAGUUGGCAGUGGGGCUAGGACUCCUGAGGCUCUCCCUGAAGGGGGGGGAGCACUUGGCUUUAUGGUCAUAACUACCUCAAGGCAAAGAACAUCUGAGCUUUUAUUCCUGCCCUCCUCCCCAAAGUGAAAAAUAUUUGGUACUCUUUUUCUCAUGAGGUUUGGAAAUUCUCCAUUGGAAAUAUUUUUUUUUUCCUUUUCUUGAAAUAUUUUUUUUUUAAUUUAGUAUUUUUUGAGAGUAUAAUUAACUUAUUAUAUAAACAUCUAAUGGCCUCCUGGGAGCUACUGUGGUGGAAUUUCCCCAGAGUGUUUUAUUGUUGUAAGUAAAUUACUAAUUAGUGUCCUCUCCUAUAUUUUUUUUUUCUCCUUUUGGUUAUUUCCUGCUGCUUUUUACUUCUAGACCAAUCUACGAAGCCCUGCAGUUGAAGUUUAGUUUUGCCUCCUUCAGAAUCUAACAUAGUGAUUAUUUCAAAAACUUCUGAAAAUGUUCUUUCAGGUACCCUGAUUUUAAAAUGACUUUGCAUAGGUACUGAAACAGCAGUCUUGUUUAGGGCUAAAUUUUUAUGUUGCUAAUGGCAUCCUAAUAGUUACUGCCACUUUUUUUUUCCUUAGAUAAGAGCAUAUUAAGUUUGUGGCACUAUGUAGAUAUACACACUAUAGACCACAGCAAAUUUUUACAUCAGUUGUUGCAAGCUGCAUUCAUUCUCUAUGAAUGUAAUAGUGUGAAUAUCAAAAUUUAUAGAGGGUGCUUAUGGGUAUGUAUUUUAUUUGCAUUAUAAAUAAUACCUAUACUCUUCUAUGGCCAUGCAUGCAUUUUCUUUAAGUCUAACCUGGAGGAAAGUUAGAGUCGUACGCAAGUUAGUCCUCAGAACUGGUUACAACUGAGUGGUGUAAACUGAUUGUGAUUUGAUGGCCUAUUUCCUUAAUCUUUUUAGCUUUGAAACUGUACCAACAAGAUAAAUAUUUAACUAUUAAAUGGUAAAUUAUCAGUGAAGUAACGCCCCCCCUGCCAAUGCAGUGAAAUUUCAUCAUUAUAUGGAUGUAAAUCCAGGGCCAUCCCUGAAAGAGCUGAAGCUCUUUAUGAAGAUAGACUUUAUGGACAUUGAUAUAAAGAGGCAAAUUUGGAUUUUGCGUAUCGCUUAAGGUGCAUUUUGAAGUACUCGCACAGAAUUUAGGAGAGAAGCCAAGGGAAAAAGCGUUGUUGUUACUUAUGUCUUGUAUUAUUUCAGAGAUAACUCACACAGACAAAGCAAACUUGCCUCUGCUGUUUACUUAACACUUAGUGAACUCAGUAGAGAAGCACUGUCUAGUCUAACAACAACCGGUAUUUUAUACUCUUUCCUUUGCUCUAUUUUACAGCAUUUCUUGCAAGUCAAUUAGUUUCCAAGGCUUUUCUCUCUAACCAAGCACAAAGUUGUUUUUUUUUUUUUUUUUCUCCUGCCACAGUGAUAUCCAGUUUAGUAAGACGAGAGUAAGUCAGUGUGCCAUUGUGAAUGCAUUUGUAUUCGUAAUGAAGUUUAUAUUGCAAGCCAAGGAUUUUGUACAAUCUUUCAGGUGAUUUUUUAAUAAUACAGUGGAGUGGUCACAUACUUAAAACGUACUGGACUGGUCAUGUUCUAAUGAAGUAUAAGUAAUUUUUGCAAUGUUUGAGACUUGCACAUUUUUUUCCUUGAAUAGCUGUAUUUUAAAAACUUCAAGUGAUAUACUUACUUCAACAUUAAUAGUUGUGUUUUAAGCUUGGAAACAUUAAUAGUAAAUAUAUUAUGCCAGGGCUUCAGUCAGCAUUUUGUAGGUUAAAUAAUAAAAACUUAAGUAUAGUAACUUUCUGGAUAUUGAUGAAAAAAACAUCUGCUUUUUUCCUAAUACUGAUUUCCAAAGAGUACCAUUAUUGGCAUUAGGAUGUGUUCCUUUCCAUUGAACUAAGUUUAAAAUGCAGCUGAAUCCCUCUGUUCCCAAAGUAUAUGUUAAUUCUGUUAAUUUUAUUCUCAGAGGAAGUUAUUGUACUUGAGAAUGAUAGUAACUUAUUUUUGCAACAAUCAAAGACUGAACAUUAAGAGAAGAAAAUCCUUACUACCUUAGCUGGCUGUUUUAAUGCACAUGUUAUAGUCACAUGACAAUGUGUAGCACUCUGUAAAGAAGAGCUACAGUUACAGUAAUGGUCAGAAUCCAUGUGUAUAGAAAAGCUAUACCAGCACAACCAUUAACAUGGGUACUGACACUAUUUCACAGGCUUCAUAGUUUUCUUUAUUAGAUGAUAGGCAUCAUGUAAGAAGCAAUGGAUUAUAGCUCCAUAACAGUUAAAUUUGCAUUUUAUAAGAUUUGUAGAUUUUUUUCCUGAGGGUAAAGAGACUUUUGAAUUAUGUAACUUCAGUGAUACAGAUGCAUGUAUAAAUGAAAAUCUAUGCUUACUUGAUAAUGAAGGAAUAAAUACUAUUAAUGCCAA